UCGAAUGCAAAUUGGCGCGUGUAAAGUGCAUUUGAUAAUUUAACAAGAAAUAUUCAAUUGAUAGAAUUAUUUUAAUAUAUAAUUAAAAAAAAAAAAAAAAAAUGAAAAGGAUUAAUGUUACAUUAAAUAAACCUAAUCCAUUAUUUGAGCUUUGGCUGGAAGAGUGGAAAAAUAAAGCGAUUUCCCAAAAAUCUGAUCUGCAAUAUCAUUUUGCUAAAGCUUUGAAUACUUUAAGAAAAUAUCCUUUACCGUUAGAGUCUGGAAAAGAUUGUAUUAUUUUAAAACAUUUUGGUUUAAAAUUAUGUAAGAUGCUAGAUAGAAGACUCGAAGAACAUAGAGCACAUAGGAAAGAAAUAAAACGUACGCAUAAUGUUUGCAAGUGCGAUAGUUGUUGUUGUUGUAAUCAAUUUAUUCUUUUAUCAAGAGAGAAACGUCUAGAAAUUUAUAAAAAAGAAAUCAACAAACGUGAAAUGAGGCAAAAGACAAAAACAACGUUUAUUAGAUCUUCUUUUUCGUCAUGGAAUUUGACUUGUUAUGCAAUAUUAUUGACGUUAUACGAUAAAAAAGGGAACUCGAGUUAUUCAGAUUUGUUGUAUGAAUUUAAACAAUUAUACAAUACAUCACUAAAAUCUUUGGAUCCAGAUAUAUGUGAUGGAAAAUCAUCUAUUUCAGCAUUAAUUGCUAACAGAUUAAUAAAAGUAAAACAGUUUCCUAUUAGGUAUCAUUUGACUAAACAAGGAUUACAAGUAGCUAGCAAGAUAAAAGAAAUUUUUAAUUUGAAAAAUUAUGAUAAACACUUAAUCAAAUGUUAUUAUAAAAAGCUGCAAGCUGUAGCUUCUAUAUUGAAUAAUGAAAAUGAUGUCAUUGAAAUUGAGGAAAAUAAAGAAAAGUCUCCUUUAUUUAAUCAUUUACAAACAUACGAUGAAGAAAGUGCAGUUAAACCAGCAUCAAAUAUAGUAGAUAUUAUAUGCAAUCGUGAUGAAAUACGAUUAAAACCGAAUUCUUUUGAUAUAGUUUUAUUAGUAGACAUUAAGGAGACUAGUGGUGGAAAAAUAAAACCUGAACAUGAUGCAACAUUGGCUGAAUUAAAAGAAUUACGAGUAUUAUUUGAAGUACGUCAUUUAAAAAUUGGUGACUUUACCUGGAUUACUAAAUGCAAAUAUACUAAUAAGGAAUUAGUUUUACCAUAUAUAGUGGAAAGGAAACGAUUAGAUGAUCUAAGUGCAAGUAUUAAAGAUGGACGGUUUCAUGAACAAAAGUUUCGUUUAAAACAAUCUGGAAUAGAAAAUAUUUUCUAUAUAAUAGAAGAUCACCAUAAGAUUAUACGAACUGGAAUUCCGCUUUCAACUUUAUUGCAAGCAGCUGUUAAUUCAUUGGUACAAGAUGAUUUUAUUGUCAAGUAUACGGAUAGCCAUCAAGAUUCAAUGUCAUAUUUGGCAAUUUUAACUAAUAUUCUACGUAAAAUUUAUGCUAAGAAGAAUUUGAUAGAACAUAAAAAAGAAAAUCUUCUACCAACAGACUUUGCCAGUGAUACCGUUUUACUAAUGAAUUUUGAAGAAUUCAAUAAAGCUGCAUCUAAAUUGAAAAAUUUUAAUGUACGUCAAAUGUUUGUUCGUCAAUUAUUGCAGUUGAAAGGUAUGUCAGUAGAAAAAGCAUUAGCAAUUGUCGAAUAUUAUCCUACACCACUCAUAUUAAUUAAUGCUUUGCAUACAUCUGACUGCGGACAAACGUUAAUAGCUAAUAUACAAUAUGGAUUACAAAAACGACAAAUUGGACCGGCUCUUAGCAAAACUGUUUAUUUAUUUUAUACGCAAGAAGAAUUUCGGUAAUAUUUGUAUAUUAUAUAAAUAUUACUC